GUGAAAUAAUUAUCUCUCCCAUUUCCUUAUCCCUACCUCUCUUUAUUUUUUUUUCCUUCCUUCCUUCCUUUCUUUCUAUCCUCUAUUAAAAAAUUUUUUCUUGAUGUUAUUCAAGAUUAAAUUUCUUAAUUAAAAUCAUCCAUUCAUUCAUUCACUUAUUACCGUAAUUUUAAAAAUAAAAAUCCUUUAAUAAUUACCUUUAAAAAAAAAAAUUAAAAUAUGGGAAGAAGAAAAUUAUUUAAUGGACCUCUCUCUUCAAUAUUAACGUUAAUAACGUUAUUAUUUUUGAUAUCAUUUGUUGUUGGUCAAGCACCUGCACCAGCUGUUCCUGCUCCCGCUCCCGCUCCCGCAAAAGCCCCUGCUAAGGAAGCAGAUGCUAAAAAAACCAAAGAACCCGCAAAAGCCAAUACUAAAGCUCCAGCUAAAGGAAAAGCAAAGGAAGAUGAUGCAAAGAAUGCAAAAGAUGCAAAGGGUGCAAAGGGCGCAAAAGAUGCAAAGGGUGCAAAGGCAAAGGUUGACCCUAAAGCUGCUAAAGCUCCAGCUCCCCCAGCUGCCGCAGCUCCACCACCUCCACCAGCUCCACCAGUUCCAGCUCCAGCUCCAGCUCCAGCUCCAGUUCCAGCUCCAGACCAAAAUUUAGCAAAACAAUGUAAUGAUUGUUGGACUAAUAAGAGAUCAGAAUUACCAGCUUGUAAGGGAAUAUCGAAGGAUGAAUUUACGGCAUUUAAUAAAUCACCUAAUUCACCAAAAGUUGCCAGUUGUUUAUGUUUAUUUGCCAAUAGUAUGGCAUCAGUUUUUGAUAAUGAAUGUAGCGCUGUUUGCGUUGAUCAAAAACUUAUUACUGACCUCAAUAAUCAAGCAUCUCAAUAUAAAACUGCUUAUAAAUGUGAUGAUAAAGGUAAUUCUAUAUUGGGCUCUAGUAGUAAUCUUGUUGGAGGAUCUGGAAAUCAAACAGCCUCUGCCAUUUCAAAUAAUAUUAAUGAAAAUAAUAUGGUCCUCGGAUUAUCUUUCAUGAUUGGAAUGGUUUUAUUCUUAAUCUUUAAUUAAAAAAAAUAAUUUAUUAUAAAAAUAAUUAUAUAUAUAUAUAUAGUGAUUGCACCUGGGGUGUUUAUUAUUUCAUUUGUAUCUAUUAUUGUAUCUCUUUGAUUUUGUAGAAUAC